AUGGAAUUCCUUUUACGUCACACCUUAGCGACACAUCGUUCAGCAAAAUAUGGCGUCCUACUGUAUGACAGUUUCUCGGCUCCGGCUUGUGCUAGGAGAUGGGGCCAGGCGACUGCAUGUCACAGCAGCUCUCAACGCCAAGGCAAAGGUGUCCAUGAGCCGCUUCGAACCUGGCUCCAGCAUCAACUAUGAGGCCCUGAACACAAAUAUCAAUAUUGUGCGCAAGAGGCUUAACCGUCCCCUUACCCUUUCGGAGAAGAUUGUGUAUGGGCACUUGGAUAACCCCCAUGAGCAGGAUAUUGAAAGGGGGCGCACAUACCUGCGCCUGCGGCCGGACCGGGUGGCCAUGCAGGACGCCACAGCGCAGAUGGCCAUGCUGCAGUUCAUCAGCAGCGGCCUGCCCAAGGUGGCCGUCCCUUCCACCAUCCACUGCGACCAUCUGAUCGAGGCCCAGAUUGGUGGAGCUGAGGACCUGCAGAGAGCCAAGGAAAUGAACCAUGAGGUGUACAACUUCCUGGCAACAGCUGGAGCCAAAUAUGGAGUGGGUUUCUGGAAACCAGGGUCUGGAAUCAUUCACCAGAUCAUUCUGGAAAACUACGCCUACCCAGGGGUCAUGUUGAUCGGCACAGACUCCCACACGCCAAAUGGCGGGGGCCUGGGUUCCGUCUGCAUUGGAGUUGGUGGAGCUGACGCUGUUGAUGUCAUGGCGGGCAUCCCCUGGGAGCUCAAAUGUCCUAAAGUGAUUGGUGUGAAGUUGACGGGUGCGCUCUCUGGCUGGACCUCUCCCAAGGACGUCAUCCUGAAGGUGGCAGGCAUCCUGACAGUUAAAGGAGGCACUGGAGCCAUCGUGGAAUACCAUGGCCCUGGUGUGGACUCCAUCUCCUGCACUGGUAUGGCCACCAUCUGCAACAUGGGAGCUGAGAUCGGCGCCACAACCUCCAUCUUCCCCUACAACCACCGCAUGAAGACCUACCUGGACAAGACAGGCCGUGCAGAGAUUGCUGAGCUUGCUGAUGAGUAUAAGGAAUGCCUCGUCCCAGACCCCGGCUGCCAGUACGACCAGCUGAUUGAGAUCAACCUCAGCGAACUGCAGCCGCACAUCAACGGCCCCUUCACUCCUGACCUGGCCCACCCCGUGUCUGACAUCGGAGCUGUAGCUGAGAAGAGUGGCUGGCCCCUGGAAGUUAAAGUAGGUCUGAUUGGCAGCUGCACUAACUCCAGUUAUGAGGACAUGGGUCGCGCUGCAUCACUGGCCAAGCAAGCCCUAGACCGUGGGCUCAAGUGCAAGGCCCAGUUCACGGUGACCCCCGGCUCUGAGCAGAUCCGCGCCACCAUUGAAAGAGACGGAUACGCCCAGAUCCUGAGGGAUGUUGGAGGUGUGGUGCUUGCCAAUGCCUGUGGGCCCUGCAUUGGACAAUGGGACAGGCAGGAUGUGAAGAAGGGAGAGAAGAACACCAUCGUCACCUCCUUCAACAGGAACUUCACGGCCAGGAAUGACGCCAAUCCAGCCACCCAUGCUUUCGUGACUUCCCCCGAGAUUGUCACAGCGCUGGCCAUUGCCGGCACGCUGAACUUCAACCCCGAGAAGGACUUCCUCACCGCUCCCAAUGGUGAGAAGUUCAAGCUGGUCCCCCCCACUGGUGACGAGCUGCCCUCCCGUGACUUUGACCCGGGCCAGGACACCUACCAGCACCCCCCAUCUGAUGGCAGUGGUGUCUCGGUGGACGUCAACCCAGCCAGCAACCGCCUGCAGCUACUGGAGCCCUUCGACAAGUGGAGUGGAAAGGACCUGGAGAACAUGGCCAUCCUCAUCAAGGUGAAGGGCAAGUGCACAACUGACCACAUCAGUGCUGCCGGCCCUUGGCUCAAGUUCCGCGGCCACCUGGACAACAUCUCCAACAACAUGCUGAUUGGUGCCGUUAACAGCGAAAAUGAUGCCGUCAAUAAGAUCAAGAACGUCCUGACUGGAGAGUACGGAGGCGUCCCUGACGUGGCCCGCCAUUACAAGGCCAAUGGGUUGUCGUGGGUGGUGGUGGGCGAUGAGAACUACGGAGAGGGAUCCAGCAGGGAGCAUGCAGCCCUGGAGCCACGCCACCUGGGGGGCAGGGCCAUCAUUGUCAAGAGCUUCGCCAGGAUCCACGAGACCAAUCUGAAAAAACAGGGGCUGCUGCCUCUCACCUUCAAUGACCCGGCUGACUAUGACAAGAUCCGCCCCGACGACAAGAUCUCCAUCAAAGGACUCGCGACCUUUGCCCCCGGGAAGCCCCUCACGGCAGUAAUCACCCACGGCGAUGGCAGCCAGGACACCAUCCAGCUGAACCACUCCUUCAAUGAGACGCAGAUCGGGUGGUUCCAGUCUGGGAGUGCCCUGAACAGGAUGAAGGAUCUGCAGCACUAAGGAGGAGGAGAAGGAAGGAGCGGCCUCAAGGACGAGAGGCAGGGCUAGUCAAGACUGAAGGGGGUGGGGGAGGGGGGUUAAAGCAUGCACUCCAAAAGAAAAGAUUAAAGUAAUUUGUCUCCUUUCCCCAGACACCCCCACACAUCCACUCAUAACUGCCGCCAACUGAUCAUUGCACCCACAACUACACAUGCAUACAUGCUCACAGAGACACACCCCCCCCCCCCCCCCCCAGGUCGCU